GUCCGCUUUUGAGAGACUGCUGUUUAUUAUAAACUUAGUCUGUAGUGUAUAGACACUGCCAAAUUAAGUGAAUCAAUUAAAUUUUUACUAACAAUGUUUUUGUAUUUUAUAUGAAUAUAGAGCCAUUGUUGUACUGUGAUUUAGUUCAAGUUCAAUGGUCUCACUUUUUUUUGUCUUUUUCUACAGACUUUGAUUUUAGUUCCAGCAGAAGCUUAUAAUCUAAGCUUGAUCGUGUGUUAGAGUGAAAUUCCAUUGACGUAUUCAUUUUCGUACGAUAACAUUCUCUCUUCUAAAAAUGCCAUUGAUUAUGUUAUGCGGAUAUCCUUGUUCUGGUAAAUCAACAAUGGCUGCUCUGCUAGCCGAUUCAUUGAAACAAAACUAUGCAAAUUCACCGGUUAUUAUUAUCGAUGAAUUCAAGAGCAGUAGUCUUCAAUCUGGAAACAUCAGCCAUGAUAUCAGGUGUGAUAUUUAUUCUGAUUCUCAAAGAGAACGUGAAUUUCGUGGUCAACAAAAAUCGGAGGUAUGAAUUUAACAAAAAAAAAGACUUCAAUCCAAUCAGGUAUUUGUAAAGUGUGUUAAAGAUGAAUUUCCAUCACUGUUUCCUUUUGUGAAGCAAAAACUUUUCUAGGUCGGUGUUAUAUAACCUGUCCGAAGCAGUAAAAUUCGGUUAAUUUUUCCGUCGGUACUGACCGACACCAACCAACUAGCGUUUGCUCGGUGGAUUUAGUCUACCAAGCCACUCAAGUAACUGGCCAGAGUAUGGAGAGCGUUUAUAACACAUCCGGCUGUUUUCACUGAAUUGAUCAAGAUGCUUCACACGGACAUGAUGGUUUUUGAAUAAGCUAGAUAGCCAACUUUCGUUUAGAUCAUUUUGAUCAACCAUUCAUAUCAAUCGAUCAGAAUAUUUUUCGGUAAAAGAAAGCAUUUAACUAUGAGUACUAUGUUGAACGGGCACUUGCACAAAAUCAAUCUUCCAUUGUAAUUAUGGAUGCACCGAAUUACAUUAAAGGCUAUAGAUAUGAAUUGUAUUGUCUGGCGAAAUCUCAUAAACAUCAACACAUUGUUCUACUCAGUGAUGUUUCACCUGAAAUAUCUGAACAAUGGAAUUCUAAAAUAAGCCGGUAUCCUGAUGACUUACUUAUGGAUAUGAUAAGCAGAUUUGAACGACCUCAACCUACUCAGCGAUGGGAUAAUCCACUCAUAAUUAUAGAACCUCAUCUUUGGGAUUCACCCAGCCUAAUUAAUGUAGAAACUGCUACAAUGCAGUUGAAACCAUACCUAACAAAAGAAAAAGGGAAGAUUCAACCGAACAAAUCAACUCAACCAACUGUUGUUUCUUCAUCAACCUACUUACAAAAUUUGGAGCAUAUCACUCAACAAAUUGUGGAUCAUAUACUGAAUAAACAAGCACAAGGUGCUUUAUCUAUCGAUCUGCCGAAGUGUUUUCAGAGUGCAGAUAAUCAGGAUGUAGUUCUACAGAUUACCAAUCAGGAGAAAAAAUACACUGCAGGCAACCUUGUUCGUUUAAAACGUCGUUACAUUGCAGUGCAACGAUUAAAAUUUGACGAAUUCAACAAAACUCCAGAUAAUGUUUCAAUUGCAACAAACUUUUUGCAGUUCAUUUCGCUUAGUGAGGAUGCAAGUGAUGAUGAAACCAAAUGAAAAUUACCAGUGUAUAAAUUUGUAAACACUACACUACAAGGAUAAUGAAACUUUCGAUCGGUUAUUGAAUCUAUUCUUGAAGUUUUUACUUUAUUGAAUAAGAAAUAUAUAUAUAUAUAUAUUCCUUAAGUUCACCAUACUUGGAAUACGCAACAUGCACUUUUAUUUUUGCUUCCUUAUUACAGCUGUUUUGUGGUUGUAUAACUAAAUGGUAGGAAGUUAGAGAGUA